UUCGCCCGGGCACGGUCAUGUGACUCGCGGACCAAGAUGGCGGCUUCCCUGCGGGCAGGGGAGCGCUUGCGGCGGGCCUCGGUCGACCCUGAACUGAGGCGGCUGGAUCCAGAGCUGCUGGAGGAACUCGAGGCGGCCUCGGUCGAUUCCGGCCUGUCCUUCGCGCUCGUGCGGAGGCUUCACCGAGCUCUGCGAGAUGCGGGUUCUCAAGUAUAUCUUCAUGAACUUCUUGAAGGCAGUGAGGUCUUACUUCCUGAAGUGAAAAAACCUCCCAGGAACCCAGAGUUAGUGGCCCGGCUGGAGACUCUCAAGGCGAAGCUAGCCAACGAGGAGUACAAGCGGAUGACAAGAAAUGUCAACAGCCAGGAACUGAAUCGAUAUGGCACUCUGGCUGACCUUGGAAGGCAAAUUAGGUCCACCAAAGCUGUGUUCGUCACCAUAUUCAACUUCCUUGUCACUGUGGGAGCAACGUUUGCCUGCACCUAUCUGGGCAGCCAGUACAUCUUUGCAGAAAUGGCAGCGCGGGUGUUGUCAGCUGUGAUUGUGGCCUCCGUGGUGGGUUUGGCAGAGCUGUAUGUGAUGGUGAGGACACUGGAAGGGGAACUGGGAGAGCUGUAACCUGAGUGGACUCGCGAAGUCUUUCUGGCCCUGAUUCUUCAGUGUAUCAGAUGCCCCCAAAGCAGCCAG